AAGGACUCCAGCGUGUUUUGCUGUUCACUGAGGAGAAAAAUAUCUACAAGCUGCUCUGUGAGAGUGAGAAGGCUCAGCUGGCUGAACAGGAAAUCAUCCUGUCGCUGCAGAACAUGGGCGUGUCGCUGGUCAACAGCAGCAUCGGCCAGGAGGUCUCCUUUAUUGGGAUCACAAGCUCUGAUGUGGUGUGGGAAGUAAAGCCUAAGAAAAAGAGGCGGUGGAAGACUUUGACCACUAAAGAAGUGGAGCUUUUGGAGAACAGCUUCAAACAUUACAUUGAAUCUGGAUCUUUGGACAAUGCCAUCAUUGAUCUGGAAAACAACUUCCAGGUGUCCUUUACCCCCAAAGGCGUGGAUAUGCGGAUGCUGCAGCCAUGUAACGCCCCUCUCAGGAGGCACUUCCUGCCCGGCGUGAAGGUGGCGUAUAGCGUCUCACCACGACAGAGUGCCUACCGAGUCCAGAUCCAUCGCAUACAGAUCCAAAAUCAGCUGCCAGGAGCCAUCUUCCCUUUUGUCUUUUACCCUGUGAAACUGCCAAAAUCUAUCACCAUGGACUCAGAACCCAAACCUCUGACUGAUAUCAGCAUUGUUACCAGAGCAGCAGGGCACUCUGAUAUCUCUCGCAUCAAGUAUUUCAAAGUGUUGAUUCAAGAGAUGGAUCUGAAGCUUGAUCUGGGUUUCCUGUAUGCCAUCCUGGACUUGUUCACCCCUGAGAAUGCCAGCUUCAUAACUACAGAGCAAGAGGUGGAACUCUUCGACAAGGAUAUCGAGUAUAUCAAGACAGAACUCGAACACGCCUCUGCUACUGACACCUCUCCCAUCAGCCUCUAUGAGUACUUUCACAUUUCACCAAUCAAACUGCACUUGAGUUUCUCUCUGAGCACGGGAGGAGAAGACGGGCUGAAGUCGAAGAGGGACCGAGAAAUUAUCCCCGUGCAGUCCCUCAAUUUGCUGCUUAAGAGUAUCGGAGCAACUCUCACUGACGCGCAGGAUGUCGUCUUCAAACUGGCCUUCUUUGAGUUGAACUUCCAGUUCUGCACCACACAGCAGCUACAGUGGGAGGUCAUCAGACAUUAUUCAAAGCAGGCUAUUAAACAGAUGUAUGUGCUGGUACUUGGCCUGGAUGUGCUUGGAAACCCCUUUGGGCUCAUCAGAGGUCUGUCUGAGGGAGUGGAGGCCUUCUUCUAUGAGCCCUAUCAAGGAGCCAUUCAGGGGCCAGAGGAGUUUGUUGAAGGAAUGGCUCUUGGGGUGAAAGCUCUGGUGGGAGGAGCAGUAGGGGGAAUAGCAGGAGCGGCUUCCAGAAUAACAGGUGCCAUGGCAAAGGGCGUCGCUGCCAUAACUAUGGAUGAGGAAUACCAGCAGAAGAGACGAGAAACUAUGAAUAAACAACCCAGUGGCCUGAAGGAAGGACUAGCCCGAGGAGGAAAGGGACUUGUGUCCGGAUUUGUAAGUGGAAUCACAGGGAUUGUUACCAAACCCAUCAAAGGUAUGUUGAGUUUGACCCUUUUUGGCUAUUAAAUGGUGGAAUUAUGCUCAUUGACCACUUUAUUAGGUACGUAAGCCACCAAACAGGAGUGGUCCUCUGUUGCUGAAGCUCAUCUACUUCAAAGUUAGAGGUGUUGUGUAUUCUGAGGUGGUCUUUAUAUUGUAAAAAGUGCUUACUUGAAUUACUUUAUAUAAUUCCGAACAAGUCUGGUCACUCUCCCCUAUUCUGAAUUUUCUCUUUUUUUGCACCAUUUUCUGUCAACUCAAAAGAUAGAGAUGUGCAUGACAAUCCCAGUAGAUCAGCAGUUUCUAAAAUACUUAAACCAACAACCAUGCCACAUUCAAACUCACUUAAGUUACACUUUGUCCCCAUUUAGAUUUUUGGUUCAAACUUCAGCAGGUUGUCUUAACCACGUCCACAUGCCUGAACACAUUGAGUUGCUGCCAUGUCAUUGGCUGAUGAGAUAUUUACAUUUGAUCACACAUUUCAAUCUGUUACUGUUUGCAGUUACUUUAUAAAAAUAUUAAAGAUGACAUCCAAUUAUAUCAAUUUUCCAUGAAUAU